AUGGCAUCAACACCUACCACUCUAUCAACAAUUGCACCAUCAUCUACCACUCCAUCAACAACAACUGCACCAACAACAACCACUCAAUCAACAACUGCACCAGCCAUUACAUCGACAGCGCCAACAUCUACCACUCCAUCAACAACUACAACUGCACCAAAAUCCACCACUCUAUCAACAACUGCACCAACAUCCAGCAUUCUACCAACAACUGCACCAACAUCUACACCAACAACAACUGCACCAACAACAACUUUACCAACAUCUAUCACUCUAUCAACAACAAGUGCACCAACAUCCACCGCUCUACCAACAACUUCUGCACCAACAUCCACCACUCUAUCAACAACAACUGCACCAACAUCCACAACUCUAUCAACAACUGCACCAACAUCCACUACUCUAUCAACAACAACUGCACCAACAUCCACCACUCUAUCAACAACAACUGCACCAACAUCUACCACUCCAUCAACAUCCACCACUCUACCAACAACUUCUGCACCAACAUCCACCACUCUAUCAACAACAACUGCACCAACAUCCGCCACUCUAUCAACAACUGCACCAACAACCACCACUCUAUCAACAACAACUACACCAACAUCCACCACUCUACCAACAACAACUGCACCAACAUCCACCACUUUAUCAACAACAACUGCACCAAUAUCCACCACUCUAUCAACAACUGCACCAACAUCCACCACUCUAUCAACAACAACUGCACCAACAUCCGCCACUCUAUCAACAACUGCACCAACAUCCACCACUCUAUCAACAACAACUGCACCAACAUCCACAACUCUAUCAACAACAACUGCACCGACAUCUAGCACUCUACCAACAACUUCUGCACCAACAUCCACCACUCUAUCAACAACAACUGCACCAACAUCCACCACUCUAUCAACAACUGCACCAACAUCCACCACUCUAACAACAACUGCACCAACAUCUAGCACUCUACCAACAACUUCUGCACCAACAACAACUGCACCAACAACAACUGUACCAACAUCUGUCACUCUAUCAACAACAAGUGCACCAACAUCCACCGCUCUACCAACAACUUCUGCACCAACAUCCACCACUCUAUCAACCACUCUACCAACAACUUCUGCACCAACAACAACUGCACCAACAACAACUGUACCAACAUCUGUCACUUUAUCAACAACAAGUGCACCAACAUCCACCGCUCUACCAACAACUUCUGCACCAACAUCCACCACUCUAUCAACAACAACUUCACCAACAUCCACAACUCUAUCAACAACUGCACCAACAUCCACCACUCUAUCAACAACAACUGCACCAACAUCCACCACUCUAUCAACAACAACUGCACCAACAUCCACCACUCUAUCAACAACUUCUGCACCAACAUCCACCACUCUAUCAACAACAACUGCACCAACAUCCACCACUCUAUCAACAACACCUGCACCAACAUCUAGCACUCUACCAACAAAUCCUGCACCAACAUCCACCACUCUAUCAACAACAACUGCACCAACAUCCACAACUCUAUCAACAACAACUGCACCGACAUCUAGCACUCUACCAACAACUUCUGCACCAACAUCCACCACUCUAUCAACAACAACUGCA